AUGGAGAAUCUACUGGAAGCCAUUCAAGCUUUCCACCUGAGAUUUGACCCUCAGGAUGAAAAGAUGGCCGACAUGAAGACAAAGCUGAGCCAAAACACGGUCAUGAUCAGUAGUCUGGCCAAGGCUCUAGAGUUUAAUGCUGCUGAAGUGAAAGAUUGUAAGGAGAAGAUGGCUGUUAUGGAGUCGGAGGUGUCAGUUCUACCAAAGGAAGUCAAUGAGCUCCAAGUUAACUGGAGAGAACUGGAUGGUUCUGAACCAAGAUGGAAGCUGAGGAUCAGAGGGAUGAAGGAGACGAUGGGGGAAAACAUUCAGCAGGACGUGGUUCACCUCCUGGGGAAGAUUGUUGCAGAAUGGGCUGAGAGGAUGGAUGAAUACGUUGAUACGGUUCAUGGGCUGGGGAAGAAGGAGGAGAAGCCAACCCGCCAGAUUAUUCUACAGUUUACCAAACGGCAGCAUAGAGACGGCAAAAGGAAAAUGACUAAAACGUCUCCGCUUUGGGAGUCCACUGGUGUCCGUUUUCCAGAAGAUCUGAUGAAGGAGGAGCGGCUGGAGAGAGAAACUGUGGCCCCAGAUUCUUCAGGCGAGGAAGGUGUGGAAAACUGGAGAACAGUCAGUGAGAGCGGCAGGAGGUCUGAGGAGUUAAAGCGGUUCUGUGUCGUUCCAGAGGUAAACAGGCUGAAGGAGAAGGUGCUGCAGCAGAACCAGGGAGCCGGCGGGCCCUCAGAGGACCUGGACCUGGCCAAGGAUGAAGCUUCACCAGCUCAGGAGAGCUUAAAGAUCCUGACAGAGAGGAGCCAGGCUGAACGCAGGAGGUGGCAGGAGGAGAAGCUGUCUCUGAUUGGUCAAGCCAAAGAGGCAGAAGACAAGAGGAACCAGGAAAUGAGGAAGUUUGCAGAAGACCGAGAGCGCUACUGCCGCCAGCAGAGCCUCUUAGAGUCCAAGCUGCUGGAGAAGGAGGCGGCCAUGGAGAGCUGGAGGAAGGAGAGGGACGCCCUGGUUGCUGCCCUGGAGGUGCAGCUGCAGAAGCUGCUGUCCAGCCAAGCAGAGAAAGACAAAGUCAUCAAGGAGCUGAGUGAGCAGAGCUCAAAGCAGCCAGCAGAGGUCAGUGUGGCGCCACCGCUUCCUUCCUCCUACGUCCUGCUGUCUCCCGAUCUACGAGCAAACACCCGGAUCCCUCAUAAGCGCUCGGAGGAAGACGCUCCGCAGUCAUCUUUACGUUGACAACUGUCUGGACUACUUUGGCGAGCGAUCAUGUAUGCGUAUCCCGUGUUGCGUAAAACUCCUCAGGGUCGACUCCUGAUGGGGCCGACUGAGGAGGCAAAUAGGAGUACGGUGGUGGUGGCCGGGAGGGCCCGGCGUAAGGAGGAGGUUCUGGCCGAGGCCGCUGCCUUUGUGAGGCAGAACGGAGGGGAUCCUGGUGACCAGUUCCUGGUUCUGGCUCAUUGUAAGAUCCAGUUUGGAAAACACCAGAACCAGAGGUUCCGCUGGCUGCUGGAGAACUCCCUGGGUUACGCGGUGUAGCUGGUCAGCAGCAUCACGGGGGAGGAGGAGAGGGAGGAGCCGCUGUCGGCCAGCAAACACCUGUUCCUCAGGUACACCUCCCAGAUCAGGGAGAUAGGGGAGGCUGUGGAGGUGUAUGGGAAGAAACAGGCCUUGCUCCAGGAGGCCCAGAGGAGCGGUGACUCUGGGUGUUUGAUGGUGGAGUUUGGCGACUUCAAGGGCAGGUCCAUGAAGGAGGUCCAUGAAGGAGGUGUAUGAGGAGCCAGGCAAGGAGGCCCAGGCUCUGGUCACCUACCUGAAGACAGCAAAGGCCAGGCCAAACACCAACAUGGCCCUUUUCAAGGACUAUGUGCUGAAGAGGCAGGCUUCAGCUGUAGCCCACCUGCCCACUGUGACCGCUCCUUCCUCCUCCUCCUCCUCCGCUGCCACUCCACCUGCUG